AUGGAUACCACUCCUCCCCCUCUUCCCCCUCCCAUUGACGCCUCCUCCGUCGACAAGCUCCAACUUGCCGCGGACCGCUCGGCGAUCAAUUGGCACUCCUUCGUCGGGAGCAUCCGCCGCGUUCUCCAGGACGCAUUCGUCGAACCCUACUGCGUCCUCGACGUCCUCCUCCGCCGCCCGCAAGCUCUCCAGCCCACGGCACCCAGUCACCCCGGCGAACCCCCUCCACCCCCCAUUCCCCCUGGCCCUCCUCCUUCUGAACCCACCUUGGAGAUCGCCACUACCCCAGCGCUCCAGAGUGCCGCCGACGCCACAUUCCUCCAUGAUCGCCGCGAGUACCUCAUCCGCAAGGCAGAGCACGAGGUCGCAGUCCACCAUCACGACUUCGCAGUAGCGGAACGCGCCAACCGCCUGGCCCUCCUCGAUGAAUACAACACGGCCAUGGCAGACUACCUCCCCAAGAGUAUUGCAUGGGCCGCUGCUGACAACCGCGCCUGCACCAUCCUCCUCGGCGCACUCCCUGAUACCCUCAUGCGCCGUUUCCAGGCUCGGGAGAUGCGCGCCUCCCUCAUCUGGGCCGAGCUCCAGGCAAUGUUCGAGCGCCGCGACAUCAGCUCUGUCGGCGCCCUGUUCCAGGAGUACUUCUCCAUCACCCUCGCUACCUGUGACGGCGCAGUUGACUACGUGGGGCGCAUGCAGGAGGUCGCUGACCGCCUUGCUGCACGCCAAGCUGCCCUCCCCGAGCCACUGCAAAUCCACCGCCUCCUCUACAACCUCACCCCGGACUACGAGUCCCGCCUCCAUGCCUUCACUGAAGCGAACGCCAUGGCCGGCCUCAACGACGUGGUCCAAUGGAUCAUCGACACGGAGGUCAAGCUCCGCACCCCCGUUGUCAACCUCACCACCCCUCAGCCCUCCUCCUCCAGCUCCCUCAAUGCUACGCAGCCGCGCAACCAGGGUGGUCGCAGCGGUGGCGGUGGAGGCCGUGGAGCGGGUGGUGGUGGUGGAGGUCGUGGCGGUAGUGGUGGUGGUGGCGGUAGCCGUGGUGGCCGUGGUGGCGGUGGUGGUGGUGCUGGAGGACCGUCCGGUGCUAGUGGUGCUGUGACUCGAGGCGCUCGCCCUGGCACUCUCCCCCCAUGCACGUAUGUGCGCCGCCAUGGUCCCCCCAGCACGUGCUUCAAGGCGCUCGACGACGCCUGGUUUGACCGAGGUAACACUGGCACCCCUCCUCGCUGGAACACUGUCACCCCUCGCCCCUCCCUGGUGGAUGUUCAAACCCUCCCAUCUUUCCUUCCUGCUCACCUCCGCCUGGUUAGCCCCUCCCAGCCUUCCCAGCUGCAGCAAUUCCAGUAG